AUGACUCCGUGGCGCAGUUGCCAACGUAUUGGCUUCGGCGUCGGGAGUCGUGGAGGAGAGCGUAGCUCUGCGGCGUCGGCCCCCGGCCUCUCGCCCCGAGGAAUAAAGGAGAAUUGGAAUCGGGCGGAGGGCGAACACGUGGCGCUUCGCACGGCCGAAUUACUUCGCGGUUACACGACGGUUUCGCACGUAAUUGGAUGCGGUGCUCGAGUGUUGACGGGCGCGUGUGCGUGCGUGUUUGUGCGCGCGUGCAUGUGUGCGCGCGAAUGUCCUCGUUUCGCG